AGCCCUCAGGGAAAUGUAGUUUGUUCAUUCUCCACUUAGGGAAAGAUCUGGGGCCGUGGACUACCACUCCCGUGAGGUAGUGCGCAGUCCCACCCCAUAAGCGGCGUCUUCGAACGCGCCGCGGCAGCCAUGUUGAUCGUGGCUAGCACAGGGGCCGGCACCAGGGGAUUUUAGAAGCAGGUGUCAUGAUGUUGUCCGCGGUGUUAAGGAGAACCGCGCCGGCGCCCCGGCUCUUCCUCGGGUUACUCAAGUCUCCAUCGCUCCAAAGCCGGGGAAGUGCUUACGGCCGGAGCAUAAACCCCGGAGACCGCGGAGAGCCGCAGCGGCUGAGAGCUGCCGCCUGGGUGCGCCCUGGAGCAUCAUAUAUCUUAUUCCCCGGACGCGGGGCAGCCACCUGGGGGCGCCGUGGAGAACGCACCGAGAUCUCAUACCUGGCUGCCGCCUCGUGGGGACGCGGUAGUAGCCUCGAAGAAACACUCCCGGGACAGGACAGCUGGAAUGGGGUUCCCAACAAGACAGGACUGGGCAUGUGGGCCCUGGCCACGGCGCUGGUGGUUCAUUGCUACAGCAAGAGUCCUUCCAACAAGGAUGCAGCUCUCAUGGAAGCUGCCCGUGCCAACAAUGUGCAGGAAGUCAGAAGGCUGUUGUCGGAAGGUGCAGAUGUCAACGCAAGGCACAAGCUUGGCUGGACAGCACUGAUGGUGGCAGCCAUCAGCCGAAAUGACAGUGUGGUGCAGGUCCUACUUGCUGCUGGAGCUGACCCAAACCUUGGGGAUGAUUUCAGCAGUGUCUACAAGACUGCCAAGGAACAGGGAAUCCAUUCUUUGGAAGAUGGGGGACAAGACUGUGCAAGCUGGCGCAUCACAAACCAGUGGACAAGUGCCCUGGAGUUCAGGAGGUGGCUAGGAGUCCCCGCUGGCGUCCUAGUCACUCGAGAGGAUGACUUCAACAACCGGCUAAACAACCGUGCCAGCUUCAAGGGCUGCACAGCCCUGCACUAUGCUGUCCUGGCUGACGACUACCGCGUCGUCAAGGAGCUGCUGGAUGGAGGAGCGAACCCCCUUCAGAGGAAUGAGAUGGGACACACACCCUUGGAUUAUGCCCGGGAAGGGGAGGUUAUGAAACUUCUGAAAACCUCCGAGACCAAGUACAUGGAGAAGCAGAGGAAGCGUGAGGCGGAAGAGCGGCGCCGCUUCCCGCUCGAGCAGCGACUGAAGGAACACAUCAUUGGCCAGGAGAGUGCCAUUGCCACCGUGGGUGCAGCGAUCCGGAGGAAGGAGAAUGGCUGGUACGAUGAGGAGCACCCUCUGGUCUUCCUUUUCUUGGGAUCAUCUGGAAUAGGGAAAACCGAGCUGGCCAAGCAGACUGCCAAGUAUAUGCACAAAGAUGCCAAAAAGGGCUUCAUCCGGCUUGACAUGUCUGAGUUCCAGGAGCGACACGAGGUAGCCAAGUUUAUUGGGUCUCCGCCAGGCUACAUCGGCCAUGAGGAAGGUGGCCAGCUGACCAAGAAGCUGAAGCAGUGCCCCAAUGCAGUAGUCCUCUUCGAUGAAGUGGACAAGGCCCAUCCAGAUGUGCUCACCAUUAUGCUGCAGCUGUUUGAUGAGGGCCGCCUGACAGAUGGCAAGGGGAAGACCAUUGAUUGCAAGGAUGCCAUCUUCAUCAUGACUUCCAAUGUAGCCAGUGAUGAGAUCGCCCAGCAUGCACUACAGCUGAGGCAGGAAGCUUUGGAGAUGAGCCGAAAUCGAAUUGCCGAGAACCUUGGUGAUGUCCAGAUUAGUGACAAGAUCACCAUCUCAAAGAACUUUAAGGAGAAUGUGAUCCGCCCCAUCCUGAAAGCUCACUUCCGGAGAGAUGAGUUUCUGGGGCGGAUCAAUGAGAUCGUCUACUUCCUCCCUUUCUGCCACUCAGAGCUCAUUCAGCUGGUCAACAAGGAACUGAACUUCUGGGCCAAGAGAGCCAAGCAGAGGCACAACAUCACACUCCUGUGGGACCGAGAGGUGGCAGAUGUGUUGGUUGAUGGCUACAAUGUCCACUAUGGCGCCCGCUCCAUCAAGCAUGAGGUAGAGCGCCGUGUGGUAAACCAGCUGGCAGCAGCCUAUGAGCAAGACCUUCUACCAGGGGGCUGCACCCUGCGCAUCACCGUGGAAGACUCGGACAAGCACCUUCUCAAGAGCCCUGAGCUGCCCUCACCCGAAGCUGAGAAGCGUCCACCACCCACACUGCGUCUGGAGAUCAUUGAUAAGGACAGCAAGACCCGCAAACUGGACAUCCGGGCACCACUCCACCCUGAGAAGGUGUGCUACACCAUCUAGCAUCCACCUGCCUGUAUGUACCCUGAACAUCUAAUAAAGGCCCCUUGCUGUGGCAUGGCAACUGA